AGGCACAGUGCUUUCACCCGGACGGAGACAGUGGUGCACAUUUUAAAACAAACAUUACACUGUGACCGGAAACAUCGAAUGGCAGUGGGAGCACACUGGAGGGAACUGGAGUCCACUGUAUUGUUGGGAAACUGUAGAAACACUGAGCCAUGCCUACUGUGAUCUUAAUGGACGUGUCUCUGUCCAUGACACGACCAGUGCCUCUGGAUGGCAGCGAAGAGUUUCAGAGGAAGAACCUGGCUGUCCACGGCCUCAAUAUGUUGUUUGAGCACAUGGCCUCAAACUACCGCUUGGAGUUCACGGCACUGAUGGCCUUUUCUUCCCUCUGGGAGCUCCUGGUGCCUUUCACCAGAGAUUACAAUGCAUUACAGGAGGCUCUGAGCAACCUGGAAGAUUAUGACAAGACUUGUGUUGAAUCAGCUCUUAAUGGCGUUAGUAAUGUAGUACAACAGGAGUGGGGCUGUGCCAGUACCUGUCAGGUGGUGCUGGUUACAGAUGGAUCUCUUGGUAUUGGAAAGGGUUCCCUUCGUCACUCCCUCCAAACACUGAAGCAGCGUGGGGAUGACAAGAAAUUCCCACUCCCUUUCCCUUUCCCAACAAAACUGUUCAUCAUAUGUGUAGCCAAUGCAGAGGAGUUACAGAUGACCGAUGCCAUGGACAACUUGGAGGAGCUAAUUCGUCUCAGUGGAGGGGACGGGCAGAUCUUCACUAUGGAAGGGCCACUUUGCAUGAAGAGUGUACAGGCCAUGUUUGGGAAGCUGAUUAACCACGCGUACUCUGCUUUCCACGCUGUCCUGCACUGUGGAAAUCUGUCCUCGGACGUUCAGGUGUUCCCUCGACCAGAGCCACUUGUGGUGGAUGAAGAGGUAGAGCCCAUGCCCCGAAAAGUCAGCACAGAUUUGGAAAUUGUGGGCUUUAUUGAAAUCGCUGAUAUUUCCAGUCCUCCUGUUAUAUCCAGACACUUGGUACUGCCUAUUGCUGUAAACAAAGAGGUGGAUGAAGUUGGUGCAGGAGCCACAGACGAGCUUGAGGAGGAGUCAUCUGCCAGUCAGCUGGCAGGCAAAAGUCCAAAUUUCUGUGUACUUUUACAUGGCAGUUUGAAAGUUGAAGGCAUGGUAGCGCUGGUCCAGCUGGGGCCAGAGUGGUAUGGCAUGCUGUAUUCUCAAGCAGACAGCAAGAAGAAAUCAAACCUGAUGAUGUCUCUGUUUGAGCCUGGUCCAGAGCCUCUGCCCUGGCUGGGCAAGAUCUCACAUUUGGGACCGAUCUCAGAAGCUGCUGAAAAUCCCUAUGGCGAGGAUGACAGUAAAAGUCCUUUUCCUGUGCAGCCACAGGUGAAACGAAGCUAUGCCCAGAAUGUCACUGUCUGGAUAAAGGCCAGUGGACUACAGACUGAUGUGCAGAAGAUUCUGAGGAAUGCAAGAAAGUUACCUGAUAAAACUCAAACCUUCUAUAAGGAGCUGAACCGUCUACGGAAGGCUGCCUUGGCUUUUGGUUUCUGGGAACUCCUGAAGGGAGUGGCUGAUCUGCUGGAGAGAGAGUGCACUCUGUUGCCAGAUUCGGCCCAUCCGGACGCUGCUUUCCAGCUCUCCCACGCUGCACAGCAACUCAAACUGGCCAGCACUGGUGAUUCCCAGUAUGCUGCUUUUGAUCACAACAUUGUCCCAAUGCACACAGACUUCUCAAGCUGAGCUACAUCUGAAAAAUGAACUCAACUCUAGUAGCUUUGGCCUGUGUGGACCAAUGUGGAGAGAGCACACGGUGUACGCAGGAUGUUGUUUAAAGAACUCAAAGAGGGUACUUCGAGAAAGUGAACGUAGACGUGAGGCAGAUGCCAAACUUAAACUCCAACGUGACACUGCCUAAACAAUUACAGCAUGCAUGUACACACUUUUUACAGAUUCAUUUUAAAGAUCUCUUUUCACAAUUUCACCAAAUUAAAAUGUCACCUUUAUUCAGUCAUAACUGCCACAUUUUGAGAAAAUCUGGAAAAUGGCUGAGAUUUGCUUUCUAAAUCCAGGUGAGUAUCAAAAUUUAACAGCUGUGUGAUAGAGAUGCAAACAAAACUUUUCAUAACAGCUUAGUGUUGUGCAUAAAAGGAAACAUUGGUAUCAUACAGAAUAUCAAGUUAUGUCUUAACGCAGCUUGUCACUAAUCUACAAAGCAUGCUUACAAAUGAAUCACCAGUGAGUGAGACCAUCAGUGCAGUCAUGAAAUACUGCAUCACCAGUAGGAUGUUCCUGUUUCCCACUACAAGAAAACAUUUUAGUGCAAGCAAACAGGCUGUGGAUAAGAAAAUACUGUCCUCAUAACAAAUGAUUUUGAGAGGAGCACAGUUUGAGGGUGAAAUAGAAAAAUCCA